AUGUAUGGCGGAAUUAUUUUUCAGGUAUUCGUAGCGAAUCCGAACAAAUCAAAAGCUGUUAGCGAUAUUUUAUUGCGAAAUAAAGAGAAAUUAGUUGAUUUUUUAACAAAUUUCCAUACCGAUCGUACCGAAGACGAGCAAUUUAACGACGAAAAAGCCUAUCUAAUAAAGCAGAUACAGGACAUGAAAUCGUGA